AUAUUUUACGAAUGCAAAGCAGGAGAGUUAGAGAAAGAGGAUUGUGCCGGUGACAGACAAUGGAGCCGGCAAUGGGAGGGGGGGGGGGGGGGGGGAGGGGGAGGGUGACGUGGAAUUAUUAAUCAAGUUCUGAGAUUAUGACAGAGCUAUAAAUGUUGGGUGUGGGCUUCGUCUCAGCUCACAUCUCUUUAGAAGUAGGCCCAACAAACAGGUGAGAAGAUAGGAUCAAAAUAUCUAUCGACGAAAUUUACGAUGUUUCGUGUUUUAUGAUCUCUUCUCGGUAUAUGGACAUCAUCUCCUACUAUCAAUUUUGUCGACAAGGAAAGAGAAAGCUGUGCUUCUUCUGAUCUACCUUCUGCUCCUUCCCGAAGUAAAAAGUUCCUCUCUCUACCAUGGGAGUUAUCGACGAAGAUGACAUCGUCGUCAGCGGCAUAUCCGGACGUCUCCCGGAGUCGGGUAACCUAGAGGAAUUCUGGGAGCAUCUCAUGAACAAGGACAACCUUGUGACAAUUGAUGACAGAAGAUGGGAACCAGGAUUGUUUGGGCUGCCACCUCGCAAUGGAAAGCUGAAGGAUCUAUCCCGCUUCGAUGCCACCUACUUUGGAGUUCACGCCAAACAAGCUAACACCAUGGAUCCUCAACUAAGGAUCCUCCUGGAGGUUGCCUAUGAGGCCAUUGUAGAUGGAGGUAUUGAUCCGCAGUCUAUACGUGGGACCAAGACCGGUGUCUAUAUUGGAUGCAGUGUGGCAGAUGCAUCCGAGGCUUUUGGUAGUGAUGCCGACACAUUGGUGGGCUACAGUGUUACUGGUACUAACCGAGCCAUGCUGGCUAACAGGAUGUCAUAUUCCUUUGAUUUCAGAGGUCCAAGUUACUCUGUGGAUACAGCAUGUUCAUCAGGUUUCAUGGCCCUACACAAUGCCAUCCAGGACAUGCGACGAGGGGACUGUGAUGCAGCCAUUGUAGGAGCUAGCAACCUUCUGGUAAAACCCCAGAGCUCUGUGCAGUUUCUUAAGCUUGGUGUCCUAUCGCCAGAUGGACAGUCCAAAUCUUUUGACAGUUCCGGCAAUGGCUACUGUCGAUCAGAAGGCAUAGUGGCACUGUACAUCACAAGGAAAUCAGUUUGUAAGAGAGCAUAUGGAAGUCUGGUUCACUCUGGCACCAAUACAGAUGGAUACAAAGAACAAGGAGUGACCUAUCCAUCAGGGGAUGUCCAACAGAGUCUCCUUCGACAAUUGUAUGGUGAGGCGCAGAUCAACAUUGAUGAAGUGGAGUACUUUGAGGCUCAUGGCACAGGAACCAAGGUUGGUGAUCCUGAAGAGACUAAUGGCAUAGCUGCAGUCUUCUGUCAGGACCGUACUCCAAGUAAGCCACUCUUGAUUGGCUCUGUCAAGUCCAACAUGGGCCACAGCGAGCCCACAUCUGGUCUUGCUGCUCUCGCCAAGGUCCUGUGGGCAUUCAAUAAAGGGAUCAUCCCACCCAACAUCCACUUCAAUGAACCACACCCUGACAUCUCUGCAUUAAAGGAUGGGCGGAUGAAGGUAGUUACUGAACCCACCCCUUAUAAUGGAGGCUACGUUGGCGUCAGCUCCUUUGGGUUUGGUGGAUCCAAUGUCCAUGUCAUAGUGAAACCCUUCGAAAAGUCCAAGAAAGUGGAAAUGACAGGGUCAACACCACGCCUUGUCCUCUGUGCUUCCCGCACUGAAGAAGGUGUCCAAGAACAGAUCAGCCACCUUGAGAAGAACCAGGAGAGUGUAGAACUGCAGAGUCUGUAUGACCAGAUUGCGAAUGCACCACUCAAUGGCAUGCCUUAUAGGGGUUACACAUUGAUUGGGUCAGAGCAAAGGUCAGAGGUCAAGCAAGUGUCACCACCAGAAAGGAGACCCAUAUGGUAUGUGUUUUCAGGCAUGGGCUCUCAGUGGGCAGGUAUGGGCAAGGAUCUGAUGGUCCUGGAGCCUUUUAGAGAGACCAUUGACUACCUUCAUGAUGUCCUCAAAAAGGAAGAUGAAUCUAUGAACCUCAAAGGCAUCAUCCUGGAAGGGAGGGAAGAACUUCUACAGUCUACCAUCAACUCCUUUUCAGCCAUCGCCAGCAUCCAUGUCGCCUUGGUCAAUUGUCUUAAGGCUAUUGGAAUUGAACCUGAUGGCAUGAUUGGACAUUCUGUUGGUGAGCUUGGCUGUGGCUAUGCAGACGAGAGUCUCACAGCCGAAGAGACUGUUCUUGCUGCAUACUGGAGAGGGCGCUGUGUUAUGGAGGCUGAGCUUCCUCCAGGGGCAAUGGCAGCUAUUGGCUUGACAUGGGAAGAGACAAAACAGAGAGUUCCUCCUGGAGUGGUUCCAGCCUGUCACAAUGCUGAAGACACCGUCACCAUCUCAGGAGACAGAGAAUCGGUGGAGAAGUUUGUUGCAGAGCUGCAGGAGGAGGGUAUCUUUGCUAGGUCUGUGAACAGUGCCAACGUGGCCUUCCACUCCCCUCACAUGGUACAGAUUGCACCCAUACUACUAGAAGCACUGGAACGGGUCAUCACCAACCAUCGGCCUCCAUCCAACCGCUGGAUCAGCACCUCAAUGACCUCUCCGUCAGAUGACCUUUGCCCUCCGCCCUCUGACAUGUCGUUGGCUGCCUACCAGGUCAACAACCUGGUCAGUCCAGUGCUCUUCAGGGAAGGCCUGGCCAAGAUUCCAGACAAUGCUGUUACCAUUGAGAUUGCUCCUCAUUGUUUGCUGCAGGCAAUCUUGAAGAGAACCCUUUCAAGCAAGGUUGAGUUCCUUAGCCUCAUGAACCGCAAGAAAACCAACAACCUUGAUUUCUUCCUCACAAACCUUGGUAAGCUCUACACCUGUGGGAUCGAUGUGAAUCUGGAGAGCUUGUACCCUGCGGUAGACUUUCCAGUAUCUGUUAGCACGCCCUCUAUCGCUCCUGCCAUCAGAUGGGAUCAUUCCCAAGAAUGGGAUAUCCCAAGGGUAGAGGACUUCCUGAAGCAGGGGGGUAACAGCCCAACUGUGACAAAAUUUACAAUCGAUGUGUCUCCUGAGUCAGAGGACAGUUUCAUCAAGGAUCAUUGCAUCGAUGGACGCGUACUGUACCCCGCCACCGGGUAUCUGUGCCUUGCUUGGCGUGCUUUGGCUAGGAUGAAGAAUACCAUGCCCAAUCUUAUGCCGGUAGAGUUCAAAGACAUCACCAUACACCAGGCAACCAUUGUACCCAAAACAGGUACCAUCGACCUGGAGGUCCGCAUUGCUCCAGGCUCAAACUCCUUUGAGGUAGGCGACGGAGAUCAGCUGGCUGUAUCUGGUAAGAUCUUCAUCCCGGAUUCUCCUCUUGCAGAAAGAGCUCCUGCAGGAGGCUCUGCCUUGGCUGGAUCCAUUGUCUUGGAGAAAGGCGAUGUCUACAAGGAGUUGAGACUCAGAGGGUAUGAGUAUGGUCCAGAGUUCCAGGGUAUCAUCAAAGUCAAAGAUGAUGGAAGUGAAGGCACCCUUGCGUGGUCCGGUAAUUGGGUGAGUUUCACAGAUACCAUGCUCCAAGUUACCAUUCUCAACCGUCAGAGAGGAAUCCGAUGUCUCCGCCUACCAACCCGCAUCAGACGCAUCUUGAUCAACCCCACCCUUGUGGAUGUGGAAGUUGAUGAAAUGCAAGAGAUGAAGGUUACUGUUGACAAAUUCACAGACACCUGCAGAGCUGGAGGUGUGGAAAUCUCAGGUCUCCAUGCCACAGUGGCGCCAAAGAGACAUGCACAACAUGCACCCCCUCUUGUAGAGGACUUCAGCUUCGUGCCCUAUAAUGAAGACAACCUUCAGUCCAAAGAUAGCAUCCUCAAGGAAUAUAGCAGUGUCUGCGGAAGGUAUGCCCAGAAAGUCCUGAAGGUGACCAGGAAGAAGUUCGUUGCAGCUGGGAUUGAAUUCCCAUUCAGAGAUGUAAAUCAGGAUGUCUGCUGCACCUUCAGUGAGGAUGAGCUGAAGCCAUUCUUGGAGAAACUGGAGUACAGUUACUUGAAGGCACUACAGAAGAUUGUCCAGCUUGAGACAAAGGAUAGCAUUUUGAAGGACGUCUUGGAGAUUCUUGAAGAGGGUUGCAGAGAUGAUGUUCUAAUGCGAGGACUUGUUCAAGGGAAGCACUUCAAGAAUGCCUUGGAUGUUGUUUGGGAGAACACAAGAUCAUUGAAGAUGAAACUGCUCGAGAUUGGAGCCCUAUCAGGCAAGCUCUACCCAAGAGCCAUCUCUUGCCUGCACUCACAACCCACAACUGAGCUUGACUUUUCCAUUGCUGAAGCAGAGAAAAUGAAGCUGGAUGAAGCCUCUGAUGAACUUGAGGCAAUGCACAUCAAAAGCCACCUAUGGGACAUUGCAACAACACCCACAAAUGGACUGAUGGGAUCUGAUCUGAUCCUUGUAGAUGGACUGACCAGACAGACCUCUAAUCUGAAGGAUGCAUUGUCCAACAUCCAUGCAGCGCUCAGGGAUGAUGGGUUCGUUUUACUUCAUGACAUCACCUGCAACCAAUCACCAUCUGGUGUCAAUGUCUUGCCCUUUGACUCUCGCACCGUCAUCUCUGAACAGGAGUACAUUCUGGCUCUCAAGAAUCAUGGCUUUGAGGUCAUUUCGGUAAAGAGCAGUGGGCUCUUGACCACUCUAUUCCUCUGCCGCAAGGUGGCCACCAGCAUCACCAAUGACCCAUCCCCAUUCAUAUUAAACAUUGAUGAUGAGACCUACUCUUGGGUGACUGACCUACAGGAAAAGAUGUUAGAGUAUGAGGAAAAGCCUUCAAAAGAGAACAUCUGGCUCCUUUCUGACAGAGCCUAUCACAGCGGCAUUGUGGGAAUGACGAACUGCCUCAAACAGGAACAAGGAGGUGAAAGAGUAAGGUGUAUAUUCAAUGCAACCCCAGAGUCUUCAUCUCUUGACUUGAGCCAGUUGGACAGACACACAAGACAAAUCUUCAGUCAAGACCUCGUUAUGAAUGUUUUCAAGGAUGGACAAUGGGGAUCGUACAGACACAACCUCUUGGAAACUUCUCCUGAUAACUCAAGAGUAGAGACCUCCCAUGCCUACGUCAACACGUUGACCCGAGGUGACCUUUCAACCCUGAGAUGGGUGGCCUCACCUAUGACCUACAUGACCCCUGAGCAGCUCCCUUCAGAUGUUUCCAUGUGCAGUGUCUACUAUGCAUCCCUCAACUUCAGAGAUAUCAUGCUGGCUACAGGGAAGCUGCCACCGGAUGCGCUACCUGCUGAACUUGCCCAGAAGGAGUGCAUUCUAGGUCUAGAGUUCUCUGGUCGCCUUGGCAACGGGAGACGAGUGAUGGGACUGGUACAGAGCGAUGGUCUAGCUACUUCCGUAGCGGCAGAGAAUCAUCUUUUCUUUGACAUCCCUGAUGCAUGGACCCUGGAAGAGGCAGCAACUGUCCCUGUGGUCUACUGCACCGCCUACUAUGCACUGGUCGUCCGAGGGCAACUGAGGAAAGGAGAGACCGUGUUGAUUCACUCCGGUUCUGGUGGGGUGGGGCAAGCUGCCAUCGGUAUUGCCCUCAGCUAUGGCUGCAGGGUCUUCACAACAUGUGGUACCAAGGAAAAGAGAGACUUCUUGAAGCUUCGCUUCCCGCAGCUGUCUGAUGACUGCUUUGCUAACUCCCGUGAUCUGACCUUUGAACCUCACAUCAUGAAAGAGACCAAUGGAAAAGGUGUUGAUGUUGUGCUGAAUUCACUUGCCGCAGAGAAGUUAGAAGCGAGUCUGAGGUUACUGGCCAUGCAUGGACGGUUCCUGGAGAUUGGAAAGUAUGAUCUUUCACAGAAUACUGGACUGGGCAUGGCCUUGUUCUUGAAGAACACCUCCUUCCAUGGCGUGCACUUGGACCGGCUAAUGGACGCCGGCAACCCGGAUUGGCCGACCGUCGCUCACCUCAUGAAGGAUGGCAUUGCAUCGGGAGUAGUGCGCCCUCUCCAGGCCACCACAUUCCAACGAGAUGACGUGGAAACAGCAUUCCGUUUCAUGGCUCAAGGAAAGCAUAUUGGAAAGGUUCUAAUACAGGUCAGACCAGAGGAGCAGGAGAAGAUGGUGGCGCCCUUGCCUCAAAAGUUCUCCGCUGUGGCCAAAAACAACUGCCACCCUUGCCGAGUAUAUAUCAUCACUGGUGGUUUGGGAGGCUUUGGUCUUGAGCUUGCCCAGUGGCUGGUAGACAGAGGAGCCAAGAACCUUGUAUUGACAUCCCGUUCUGGGGUAAGGACUGGUUACCAGGCCCAUCGUGUUGCCUGCUGGGAGGAACAAGGCAUCAGGGUUCUUGUUUCCAAGAGGGAUGUCAGCCGACAGGAGGAGGCGGAACUUCUCAUCCGGGAAAGCCAACAGAUGGGAGUUAUUGGUGGCAUAUUCAACUUGGCAAUGGUACUGAGGGAUGGUCUCUUUGAGAACCAGACACCAGAAACCUUCCAACAAUGCUGCAACCCAAAGGUCAAAGGCACAGUGAACCUUGACCUUGUGACCCGACAGCUGUGCGGCCAGGAGCUGGAGUGGUUCGUCAUGUUCUCAUCGGUCAGCUGUGGACGUGGCAAUGCUGGACAGAGCAACUAUGGCUUUGCUAACUCCUCAAUGGAGAGGGUGUGUGAAAGGAGAAGGGAAGAUGGACUUCCAGGUUUAGCAAUUCAAUGGGGAGUUAUUGGUGAUGUCGGCGUUGUUGUCGAUACCAUGGGUGGCAAUGAAACUGUGAUCGGUGGAUGUGUGUCUCAACGAAUGCCAUCUUGUCUAGCGACCCUUGACGGCUUCCUGUCACAGUCAAGCCCUGUGGUUUCCUCGAUCGUGCCUGCGGAGCGUGUGGAUGCAACCAGCAGUCAAGGUUCCAGUGUGAGCCUCGUUGACUCUGUAGCACACAUCUUGGGUCUGAGUGACCCUGGAAGCGUUAGCCAAGAUGCUUCCCUAUCUGACCUUGGUCUGGAUUCCUUGAUGGGGGUGGAAGUCAAACAGACCCUGGAGAGGGACUACAGCAUCCAGAUGGGAAUGAAAGAACUGCGCCAACUCACCAUGCGCAAGUUGGCUGACCUUUCCUCUGGCGGCAACUCAUCCACUCCCGGAGUGGACGCCGUAGAUGCUCCAGCUGCAGCAAACGAUGCCGAUGAAGGCAAGCAGUUUGCCAAAGUCUUCAGCAACUCUCCAUCGAUGCUUUCCGCCUCUGACAAGGACACUGUCAUCAAGAUGAACGACAUCUCCAAUGAGAAUCUCUUUCCAGUGUUUCUCCUGCAUCCUAUUGAGGGCUCGCUCUCCAUAUACAUUGAGUUUGCCAAGCAGAUACCUCUGCCCUGCUACGGGGUGCAGUUCACACCUGCCGUUCUCAACAAAUCCAUUCCAGAAAUGGCAGCAUACUAUGUGGAACAGAUCAGGAAGGUCCAAAGACACGGUCCAUAUCGCUUUGUUGGUUUGUCCUACGGUGCAUGCUUGGCUCUUGAGAUGGCCUUCAUUCUAGAAGCUUCUGGUGAAGAGGUCAAUCCCUUGAUCUCUCUUGAUGGGGCACCUGCUUACCUGUCAUGCCACACUGACUUCUUCCACAAGAAGUUCUCAGGAGAGAAGACAAAAGAUGGGAAGGAACUUGGAAAGGAUGCCAGCAAAGAUGUCGGCAGCCUUCUGACUUUUGCUAUGCAACAUACGCAAGCCAAAUGGCAAGAGCUGAAAGAACAGCUUAUGGACUUGAAAAGAUCUGACGCCCAGUAUGAUCUGGUGAAGUCAAAGAUCACGGAGGCCCAGCCCGAUCUGAGCCAAGAGGACAUUGUGUUCUCCAUGGAGGGGUUUGUUCAGAGGACCAAGUCAUGCCUCGGCUACAACCCCAAGGGGAAACAUCAAGGAGACAUCAUCUUUGUGAAGGCAUCGCAUGGGUCAGAGAUCAUGUCUGCAUAUGGAUUGAGUGAGGAUUAUGAACUAGGCAAGUACUGUACUGGGAAGCUUCACAUCAGUGUAGCAGAGGGAGAACAUGGCAGCAUUCUUCAGGGACCUGGACUUGCCACCAUUAUACCUACAGUCAAGCAAGCCCUUGGCAUUCUGGAAUAAAGAGCCCAAAGCUAUCCAAUCCUGGCCAAACAAUCCUUGCCAGCAGCAUGUUUACAUUCAUGUUUUAUUUGAUAUGUUACCAUGGUUAGCUUGAUGAAUUGAAAAGGUAAUUAUUUUUUAUAAUCAUUCCAUGCUUCGAGCUAGGUAUGGAGUUUUUCCAACAUCUCAUGAUAUAUGAAGGACUAUUUAUAUAUUGAUAUUAUUCUUAUAUGUUUGGAUUUGAUAUUAUUUGCACACAAUUCUUUUUUGCUUGAAAUCUUCUUAUUCCAAGUCCUGAUGAAAUAUAUGUUUAUAUUUAGUAUUCAUAUGUAAAUUUGAUGUGUGCCAUUUAGUUUGAGCAAGAAGUGUAAUGAUUCUUUGAGAAUCAUAAAAAAACUUUUCACUUUUCACAUUUUUUCUCAUUUCAUAGUAAAAUAGCCUAUAGUUGUUAUAAGUACCUGUAUGUGCAAGAAUUUAUGGUUCAUUAUCUAAAUGUUAUUCAGUUGUUUUAAACAAGAACAAAAAAGUAAACAUUUAACUUUGAUAAAAUCAACCUGCAAUUAUGUCAUAAUGACAGAAAUUAUCCUUCUAGUUUAUAAAUUUCAAGUUAUUACUGAAUAUUUGUAUUUUGUAUUCUUAAGUGGAUACAUUUAAUGCCUGAUAAAAGCCAAGGUUAAUCAAAUCAUUUCAUCCUUUCUUCUGAAAUUAAGUGUAAACACAUUCCAAAAAAUAUAACUCACCUGAUAUUAAGGGAAUUAUAAUUGGUUUUUUAUUAAACAGAAAGUUGUAAGUAAGGAAUUAUUUGUCCUACUAUUAAUAUUCUAUAUUAUCAAAAUUUUAAUGUUUACUUACUCUCAUAUAUCUGAAAUUACAUCGCAUAUCUAUUGUACAGGGUGAUUUGUAUUUUUUAUAUUUAUAUCAUACUAUACCUGAUAUAUUGAAAAAUCAAAUUUAUUAUGUCACAAACUCAAAAUGGUAGACCUAUUUAUUAUACAAUGUAGCAAUAUUUUGAUAUUUUUGCCCUGUAUAUAAAGGUCCAGUCAUAUUGUGCUUUGCAAGCCGUGUGGGUGGUGUUGCAACUCAAAUUUCAAUAAUUUGAUUUGGUUACCCAAUGUCACAUUAAAACUAACAUCAAUUAAUGUAUUUUGUGUCACAGGUAGAAAUUUUUUUUAUUGAAAUUUCAAAAUCAUUUCAAAUUGUUAUUGCUGAUCAUGUGAAGAUAUAUAAAAUUGAUAAAUGGGAGAAUAUGUAGAUGUUGAUUUUUUUAACAUAGAAUUGUGAACAUUUAUGAUUUAUACUUUGUUUUGUUUAUUUUAAAUUUACUGGUAUUUUCUACUUAUGUCUCAAAUAACUUAUGACAUGCUAUUGAAAUAUGAGAUGUUUUUUUCCUUUCAUUUUUUUUCAGUGCUUAAAAGCAUUUGUUUGUUGGUUCUUACAUUUUUAUGUUAGUUUUACUUCAGGCAUUUAUUGUGAGACAGUAUUAUUGUAAGAUAAUUUACUACCUAAGACUUAUGGAUCACUUCACUCUUUUGAUACAAGCUGCCAGUGUGUAGAGUUUGGGCGAGUGUUUGGAUGAUAUCAACUUCUUGGUUGGCAUUAAAAAUGUCCAGGAAAAAAGUUCCACAGAAUUAAUAUUCACCCAUAAUUCAGUCAAAGGAACCCAUAAGUUUUCAUGUAUAUUAAUUCCAGUGCAUCAUAUUUACAUAAAAAUUAACUUCUAGGGACCCUUGUUUUUCCACAUUUUAAGAAGUUCCAGGGACACGUACUUUCAUGCCGAGCCCCAUAUAAUUGACUUGCCAGUGGCACAUACCUACCACCCUCCCCCCUCCCACAGGGAUAAUACAGAUGAAUUAAGUAGCUAAACUGUGUGAAUGGAGUAAGUAGUAGUAUUAGUAGAUGAUGUUGUAGUAGUAGAACAGUAAAAAGAGCAAACUGACUUUUUUGCCUUUUGAGAAACUUGAUUGUGAUAUGAAGGAAACUGAUUAAUAAUGAAGUUCCUGAUUACAAAAAAUAUCUCACUUCCAAAGCAACAUAUUAACAAUUAUGUUACAUUCCUUUUAAAUGACAGGUUUGCCUUCUUAUUUUCAUGUUCAAGGUACCUGUAAGUUUGUGUGUGUAAAUCAUUGUUAGUAUGUUUAAAUUUACUUAGAUAUGAAGUAGUUAAGCGCAAAACAAAUAUUAUGUCUGUAAACCUAGGUUACGGUCACAAUGGAGUAAAUGCAGUUGGUAUAAAUUAAUGUUUCAAUCUAUGUGUGUGAAAAUAUGAAUUCAAAAUACUGAGAUCAUAGUUGAAAGUAGGUUUAGAAUUCCCUCGCUCUUUCUCAUGCUUUUCUAAUUUAUUUUGGUCAAGAACAUGCUGUCAUAAUGUCUAUAAAAUUUGUAUCUAAUUUUCACUGCUCUUUUGUACUUGCUUGAUCAAUUGGUAUGAAAAGACAUUUCAUUGUGUCAAUUUGUAAGUACAAGAUAUUACAGUAAAGAUAUUACAACUUUCAAUAGACUGAAGGUGUUAAUGGUCACAUCUUUUGUACUGCAUAAAUUUAUUCAUCAGUUUUUAACAAGCUAAGCUAUAGUCAUUUGAAGGGGGUAAGAGUGAUUCUAUUACAGGUUGAAUUGUCCAUUACAGUCAUUUAUCAUUGUUUUUUUUUGUUUAAACUGAUAAAUACUUUGUGGUAAUACAUGUAUGUAUUUAGUUAUGUUCUAUAAAGAUGAAGUCAUAUUCAAAAUUGAUAGAUGUGUUCAGUUACCAAUAUAUGUGACAGAAUAUUUCUGUUUUUAUUUCAUUUUUAUUUCAGAAAUGGCUACCUUGUUGAAAAUGAUUAGCAGUGCAAAGAAAAAGUUUUGUAGUUGUUUGAUAUUGGAAUGGUUAUGAUGAUUUAGAAUUGAUUGUCUUUUCAUAGUCAUGGAAUUCCUUAAUUUGAAUCUCAUUCCAGAUUUAUGUUCUAUUGGUUAUAUAUUAGUUACAGUUCUACCAAAUAACAUUCAUUCUUAAUGGAAAAGAAUCAGAAUAGAAAUAAAAGCCCUCUGUGGCAACGAUGGAAAAAACAAACAAACAUAA